AUGAGCGCAGCGCGGAGAGGCGCCGAAGCCUCGGACACAGCGCGCAAGAGUGGGCUGACUGUGGACACCUUGCAGAAGAUGGGUCAGAUCACUUUUGAAUUCAUAGGCAACUCUGAACUGAUGGAAGUUCACGUUUUCCGAGCGGAUCAGUUUCAUGGAGAGCCAAAGGAAAGCGAUGAAAUGCAGCCUCAGUGGUUUCAACUGGAUGAGGUGCCAUUCCAACAAAUGUGGCCAGAUGAUGUCUUUUGGUUCCCAUUGGUGCUUCAAAGAAAGUUGUUUCGUGGCUACUUUAAGUUCCAAGGACAAGACACCAUUGUGGAGCACACCCUGAAAGAAGUAGAGGAAGUUUAAGAGGAAGACAGAAGCGUUCAUUCCCCGUGCUGGUGCCCACAUUGGGCUGGGACACCACGAGUGCUUCCAGGGGGCUCCUUUCUCAGCUCCCCAGCAAGAAGAGGGUGAUUGCCAGGUCAUGGGGAAGCAAAGAAAAUAAGGGGGUUUCUUAGAGCAGCAAUAAACAUAGUAAGAAUUUC